AUGACGGCAAUAGAACUCGCCACCCCAUGUCUCUCUCUACUAGACAACAUUAACAAUGAUGAACUUGCUCAUCUACUUUACCAAAAACGACACGAGCCAGUUGACAAUACCCUACUGGCUCUCCUGCAGAGGCUCAUACAUACCCUGGAGGAGCUAGCUCUGGACGAACUGCAAAGUAUCCUAAAUCAACGACAAACUCAAGCAGAAUUAAAUGAAGACUAUGUGAAAGCAUUUAUUUCUGGGACGAUUGCCUACCUAGGCAAAGAUGUGACAUUAGACCACCUUCUAAGCCGUGAUAUGCCUGAGUCAGUGGUAUUUCAGGGCACAACAUUAAAUGAUUUUGAUCUCGUGGCGCUGGCGGCUAUUUUUAAAGGGGACGAGGAUAUUUUAAGAGUCCUUCUUGACUUGGGGAGAGUCGGCAAGGGGAAAGACUUCUACUCCGUGGCACUCUAUUUAGCGUUCUUCAUCGGUGACGUCAAGGUGUAUGCCCUACUAUUGAACAGGAGUGAAUUUGGACCAAAUGAUUUAUACAGCCUGAGAAGAGGUAACAUUUUUACCUGCGCUGCCAAAAAUGGCCACAUUGAACUCAUCGAUUUCUUAUUGAAUGAGGGAGUGCAGGCUAUCAACAGCAAAUACUUUCCCCUGCAUGAAGCAGCUUCCAAUGGACAUCAAGAACUUGUUCGGAAACUGCUUAGAGCGGGAUUUGACGUCAACGCAAUAAACGAUGCGGGCGAGACUCCACUGCAUGCUGCCGUUCGUUCCGCAGAAUCAGAUAGCUCAAAGCACAAUUCUAUUCCCAUCAUAAAGUCUCUCCUUGACGGUGGAGCGAACCCUACACAGAACACUCCGGCAUCGACAGCACUUCAACUAGCGGCCCGAUAUGGAAAUCAUGGCGCUGCUGAACUACUCCUGCAGGCAGGAGCUGACCCAAACUUCGCCCCGAAGGGUACCGAUACUCCGUUGAUACGUGCAAUUGAGUCUGGUGACAUAGAAACGGUCAACAUACUGCUUAAAUAUGGGGCGAAUAUUCACCAAGUCUCUAAGCGGCAUGGAAACGCACUAAUCGCGUCAAUUAAGAAGGGAGAGGAGGCAAUGUUUGAUUUAUUUCUCAAAAAUUUCGACUCAAAUACUACCGAUACCACAGGAGCUUCAGCACUUUACUUCGCUGCCGCGGGUGGACAUGAAGGCAUGGUGCUUAAGCUGAUAAACAACGGAGCCAACAUUCUCGCCAACCAUAACACAGUUUUUUCUGCUACUAUGGGAGCUGGCUUAAGUGGGAACAGCAGAAUUGUGAGAACACUCUCCCAGAAGGGAGUUCACGAUGACCAUGCGGCAUUAUAUGCUGCAUCUUCUGCUGGAGAAGAUGAAUUGGUUACCCGACUACUCCUUGAUGGUGCAGACAUCGGGCACUGUAUACUGCCAUUCGACCGUGAUCUAUCACUUCAUGCUGCCAUGAUUCGGGGACACGAAUCAACGGUUAGGCUAUUGUUAGGUGCUGGAGCGACUUGCAGCAGCCGGCACUUUCCUAGCUUUUUUCUCGAAACAGCCUCCCGAAGAUAUUUUGGAAUCGCCAAGUUGGUUCUAAACACAAACACUACCGGGCCUAUUCGACUUUGCCUCACCAAAACGCCGGUUAUGGACGGUGGUAAAAUUCCAAUUGCUCUGCUUCUUCUAACACUUAAAGCUGGAGCUAGGGCUGGCAACGUUGCUGCUGCCUGGGAAUUUAUACAACCAUAUGGCCAGGACGUUGUGGAAUUCAUGGAAUAUUUGCUUUCCCAGGAUGCAAAUGUGAAACUACCUGUCGACUCUCCUAAAUCAGCCUUCCGAUCAGCUAUCGAAUCUCAUAACCUGGCCCUGUUCACUUUCCUAUUAGACUGCUACGGGGCAAAUAUAUCCGCGGAUCACCCCAACUUGAUAGAGUUAGUAGUUGCUAAUAAUGAUCUGUCGACAUUGGAACAUUUACUGCAGAGAGUUAUGGAGGAGAAGGAACCCAAGUCAUCUCGGUGGCAAUUAUGUCUCGAUAGAGCACUUAUGGCUGCUCUCGAGCAGAAUAGCUAUCCCAUGGUGGAGAUGUUAGCACGUUAUGGUGCUUUCAGCAAAUAUUCCUCUUACCCAAAGUCAAGCGAUGUUGAAACCGACGGCCACACUCCAACGGGUAGCCGCAGUAGCGAAUUUUCCCUUGCCAUAACGGCAGUUGAAACGGCAAUGAAGAAAAGAAACGAAUUGGUUGUUAGGUUUCUCGUCGCACUGGGUGUUCUAGACCAUGUGGACUCAGGGGCGGUGCAGAACAUUCUCUCAAAGGCUGAAAGGCACCGAUGUCCUUUCGUGUUAGAAGUUCUCAACAAUAGGAGACUCAUCGGGUAG